UGGAGAGCCACCUUCAUCAACUGGGUGAUAGCAAAGAAACACAUCCUGUAUCAGAACAUUCUCUGAAUGCUGUAAGAAAUUACUAUUAUUACUUAGAAGAUGAAAUAAAUAUUAUAAAGAAGAUAAUAGUGGAAUUCCAAAGACAAUACCAAGAAUCACAACAUCAACAAAAUGAGAUGGUACCAAGUAUAGAGAAAAUUCAAGAUCACCUGAAAAUGUUCAAUCAGAAGUACAGUAAGUUUAAAAAUGUAGUGCUACAUCAAGCAAGACUAACGAAAAAACAGGAAAUCUUGCUAAAACGGAUUUCAGCAAAUUUGACACACGUUCACCAGCAACACGAUGGCCUGGAGAAGAAGCAAUCAGAAAUCGAGGCAUUGCUGAGAGAUGUGGGCCAGUUUUAUCUUCAGUUCAGAAAUGAGUCCCAGGAUGCAAGGAACAGUUUAGAUGAAUUCCACAGGAAAUUGCAAGAAUCAGAAACUGUCCACCUAGAAAAGCUACAAUAUGCGGAGAAGUCGCUAGAUGACCUGGAACACUGUGCCUCAAGGCUUCGGUGUGAAAGCUUGAAAUUACAGUCUAACCUCAGACUUUGUGCUGACAGUAUUGAAGAGCUGCAGAGAAUCCUGGCAGAUGUAAAGUACCUGCAGGAGCAAUAUGAUAACCUUAAGCAAAGACAGUCUGGAUCAGAGGCAUCCCCGGAAGAUGUGGAAGGAUUUUACCACAGAUUGAAACAGAAGACCAGGGAAAUCAUGGAGAAAUUAGGCACCGAUGAACUGAAAUGCUUUUACACAUAUUGAGAAGAAAUAUCAAAAUCAUAAUCUAGCGUUCAAAGCCUUGCAAGAAUGUUAAAUAUUUAAAAUAAAAAUUAUAUAUUCUGAAAGAUAA